AUGUCCGCCGCCUGGCUCACUCCGCCCGUCACCCUGACGGGGAGUCGCGAGUUUACCUGCGACAGCUUUGGCUUUACCGAAGAGCAGUGUGAAUACUACCAGCAGCGCUGGCAUUUCUGGUUCAUCGCUGAUCACGUCUUUGCGCUGUCGACUAUUGCCUUUUUCAUGAGUGUCCUCGGCAUCUUCGUCAUUGGCAAUGUUGUCUCGCAAGUGCUGGGACAUCGCACAUGGCGCGGCUCUUCUCCGUGGCAGAAAGUGACGGCGCUGAUACGAUACUUGUCUUACCGCGGCUUCCAUGUCCAAACGCUGCGUUGGAACUCGGCCCCCUUGGGGAUGCUGCUCCUGGCAGCUGCUGGGACUGUCUUUUUCUUCUGCAUGGAUCUGAUUCCCCAGCCAUACUACUGGCCAAGUUUGGACUUUGGCGGCUCCCCGCCGUUGGGAACAAGAUCGGGAUGGAUGGCCCUGGCAUGUAUGCCUUUUGUCUUCGCGACGGCGAGCAAGUCGAACUGGAUUACACUCCUCACAGGCGUAUCGCAUGAGAAGCUUCAGGUGUUUCACCGAUGGAUAUCCUAUGCCUUUUUCGUCCUUGCCCUGAUGCAUACAUUUCCAUUCAUCGUCUAUCACAUCCGAUUUGGCGACAUGGUUAUGCAGUUUGAGAUGGGCCUUAUAUUCUACUGGACCGGUAUUGUGGCCAUUAUUUUGCAGGCCUGGCUUACCUUUGCUUCCCACAGUGUCAUUCGAAACUUGGGGUAUGAAUUCUUUAAAGCGACCCAUUUGCUCGCUGCUGCCGUGUUCGUCUUGAUAUUCUUCUGGCAUUGCGAUUACACACUGACUUCGUGGCACUACUUCAUUGCUACAGCCGCCGUGUACGUCCCCUGCUAUGUGUAUCCAUGGCUGCGGACCUGCUUUGAGUACGGCACGCGCGCAAAGGCCCAGGUCACCGUUGAAGAUGGCGGCUUUACGCGCAUUUCAAUCCCUGCAAACUUCACAUGGAUACCGGGACAGCAUUGCUUCCUCCGCUUCACUGGCUUUGGAUUCCUCCAAGCUCUCUCGGCGCAUCCGUUUACCAUAUGCUCGUUGCCAUCCAAAGGUAUAGAUGGGAAGUUUGAACUCAUCUUCUAUAUCCGCCAUCAACGCGGCUUUACGGCACGCUUGUACCAGCAUGCCCUGGAGCUCCCAGGUGCCUCCAUUCCUGUACUUGUUGAUGGCCCGUAUGGAGGGAUUAACUUGCAAUCAUACACCCAUAGUGACCGUCUUCUUGUCAUUGCAGGUGGAUCAGGUGCGGGCUGGACUUUACCCUUUAUUGAGCAGUUCAUCUUAAGCCAACCAAAGGCCGUUGAUGAAGAGUGUGGCCAGGCAGCAGAUCUUGACAGCACUAUGAAAGAAACGGGUAGUAAUGAGCGCAUCAAUUCCAGGCCAUUUACUCUGAGCGUCAUAGUGGCGACUCGAGAUUCUAGCAGUCGUAUAUGGUAUAUACGAACUGUCCAGCAGCUACUGUCCCGAUACUCGCAUAAAGAUUCUCUUUCCAAUAUUCGCAUCCAGCUACACCUGACUGGUCAGGCUGCACAAGAGGUGGAUCUUACCGAUGAAUCCUCUGGCUUUCCAGUAAUAUCGACUAAGCCCUCCUGCUCGCGAGAGAACAUCAUCGCCCCAGAAGAUGAAACACACACUCCGGCGUCGGCGCCUUUGAUCAAGGAACUCGAUGGCCGGCCUCAGCUUUCGCUCAUUGUGGAGGAAGAGGUGGCAAAAGUAACAAACGAAGGGGAGUCGCUUGCUGUUUAUGUUUGUGGACCUAUCAGCAAGCUCGAGCAGGUGUCAGCAACUUGCCACCAUCUGGGCUUCUUCAACAAUGUCGGCCUGUCAGUUCACUACAGACUCUCUCAACUCGUACCACCUACCGCUUUCGACCUUCGUCAUCUCAUCCACUUGGCUGUGGGAAAAGUUGUCAAAAAGUAUCGCAUACUCAGUGCCAUACCUGUCAAUGAAGACACUCCUGAUGCGCAUUUUGCCUCACUUCCUUCAGUAGAUCUAAGUCGAAGCAUCAAGUUCCUCACGCGAUCCCAGCCUUGGAAUGAUCUUGGGGAAGGGCAAGACCGCGAGCUCGAUGCCAUUCUUGAAGAUCAGCACAACACCGAUUUCAAGACUGGGUAUGGCACGGUGCCGUUUUGGCGCAUGAUUGUCCUGCAAAGCGCUGAGCAAAAGAUGGACUUUACGGCUGCAUUCAUCUACCAUCAUGCCAUUGGAGAUGGCGUGUCCGGGUUGGUGUUUCACAAAUCUUUCCAUGAUGCACUGGAAGCUUUUACUUCCACACCUGCGGCCUGCUUUAAAAGAGAAGAGACGGUGGCGCCAAAGGAAGAUGCGAUAAUCCUUCCAGCUCUCGGGCAACUGCAUCCUCUUCCAAUCAAUCCAGCACCCCCCGCCGAUGCCGCUGAGCCUCUUAAUCAAUGGACAGGUAACAGUAUUCAGCAUCCCUGCAAAUCUCGUUGGACUUGUUUCCAACUCUCACCAACUGUCUCCAAAUCCUUCUUCCUCAAAUGCAAGCAGAAUGGACUUUCAGUCACAUCUGUAAUCUCAUCUACUCUUGCCACGGUGCUAUUCGACAUUCUUCCGCCUGAUGUUGAGGCUCUCACCUGUAUCAUCCCCAUUAACAUUCGCCCAUGGCUUCAAUUGCCCCGAGAAGUCAGUGAUGAUGCAUUUGGAUCAUACAUCGAUGCCACUGGAGUUUUAUUCAAACGGCCAGAGCAGAUUCCCAAGGCCCCCCAUUCGGUUAACGACGUAUGGACCGCCGCUAGGAAAGUCUCGGGUAUGGUGAACGAUUACCUGAGCAAUGUCUCGCCUUCUGGAGAGCCUUACACGGCCGUUUCUGCUCUCGAGACUAUUCCUGAUGUCUCUGCCAUCUUCAAGCCAAUGAUUGGGAAGCCUCGGGACGCAGCAUUCGAAGUCACAAAUGUCGGAAUCUUUCCCACCCGCGCUACUUCAGAGACAAGCGAAGCUUCCAUCUGGCAGGUUGGCAAAGUGGUUCUCAGUCGAAGCUCUCUGGUCACUGGUGCCGCAGUCACUGUCAGCGUUGCUACCGGCGGAGAUGGCUCAAUGACAAUUGGAUACAGCUGGCAAGAGGGCGUCGUGAGCGACGAUCUGGUUGAAGAGAUCAACAAGCUUGUUGGAGAAUGCCUGAGAGAAAUGUAG